AUGUCACGACAGAUGCCGUGUGAACAGUUCCAUCCCCAGAUUCUGCUUCACGAAAUCAUCUCCGCGCUAGUCGUCUACCAUAUGGUGGACAAACAUGAGCAGGAUCAUGGACUUCCAGCAAUUCCAGAGACGAUUUACUUUGACUUGUGUCCUUACUAUCUUUCCUCUGGCUCAAAUAGUUCAGACAACUCAGACAACUCAAACGCCUCAAGCAGCCGUAUGUACAUCUGGAUGGUAUCUUUUUCGAUGAAGGUUGGCCAGAAUGCAGUCCAGACAAUAUCUACGCCGACCUUGUGCGCACACAUCAACAACUAA